AAGUAUCCAACAUGGCCGACGUACCACAAGCAGUCAUCAAUAAGUUGGUGUUUUUCACAGCAGCAAUGAUUAUUUUCCCGUUGUCGUCCUUCUUUGUGCUCCAGUACUUGUUCGACAACACCCUCGUCAGUGGCGGGUUGGCGGCGUUGGCCGCUAACGUGGUGUUGAUUGGGUUUAUUGUGGUGGCCUUUAAGGAAAAGAUUCCUGAGCUCGAGAAGAAGAAGGACGAGUGAUGUAUAGUAAUAAACACGCAC